CACUCCUUCCCCUGGCUUAAGUGCAGUUUUGCUGGGCUUUUGUUCCAUUUGUGAAUAGUUCUUGCUGGAAGCCCCGGGCAGGAUGACUUGGUAACGGCCCCUCACCCAGAGACCAGCGCUCCCAGCGCCAGAAACCACCGGAGCGGCAGCAGAGGUGACUCCAGAGCUCCAGGUGCAUCUGUUGUGUGGCUUCUGUCCCCUGAGCACCAUGGCACGGGAUGAGCAGUGCAGGGAGGAGCUCAGUUAUGACCGGAUGCCCACCCUGGAGCGGGGAAGGCCGGAGGCCGGGAGCUAUACCUCAGACGCCAAGCCCAACGACCUUCAGCUGUCGACAAGGCUGCCUCCAUGCUUCAGUCACAAGACAUGGGUUCUCUCUGUGUUGAUGGGGAGCUGUCUGCUUGUGACUUCGGGGUUUUCGCUUUAUCUGGGAAAUGUGUUUCCUUCUGAAAUGGAUUACUUACGUUGUGCUGCAGGAUCGUGCCUUCCCUCGGCAAUUGUGAGCUUUGCUGUUUCAAGGAGAAACAUCAAUGCGAUCCCUAACUUUCAGAUCCUGUUUGUGUCCACGUUUGCCAUCACCACUACAUGUUUAAUCUGGUUUGGAUGCAAACUGGUUGUGAACCCCUCAGCAAUAGACAUAAAUUUUAAUCUGAUUCUUCUCCUUCUGUUGGAGCUUUUCAUGGCAGCCACGGUGAUCAUCUCAGCACGGUCGAGCGAGACGUAUUGUAAGCAGAAGGGUUCCAUGUCAGAUAGCACCAACGUUUUGUAUGAAGUGGCAUUUCCUGCUCGGAUCCUGAAAUCCUAUUCAGUCAUCGAGGUGAUUGCUGGCGUCUCUGCCGUCCUGGGUGGGGUCAUCGCUCUGAACGUGGAUGAUGCUGUCUCGGGACCACACCUCUCCGUGACAUUCUUUUGGAUCUUAGUGGCCUGUUUUCCAAGCGCCAUUGCCAGUCACGUCACAGCUGAGUGUCCAAGCAAGUGUCUGGUGGAGGUGCUGAUUGCCAUCUGCAGCCUCACAUCCCCGCUGCUGUUCACUGCCUCUGGGUACCUGUCGUUCAGCAUCAUGAGAAUCCUGGAGAUCUUCAAAGACUACCCGCCAGCCAUCAAGCAAUCCUACGACGUGCUGAGGUUGCUUCUGAUGCUGCAGCUGCUGCUGCAAGCCGGCCUCAACACUGGCACCGUCAUCCAGUGCGUGAGCUUCAAGCUGGGCGCGUCCUGGGAUGCUGCGCAGACCGGCCAGCAGGAGCGCCCAGCAGGGGAGGCUGAGAAAAGCUCUCGAGUUAACAGAGCUUUCCCACCUGCCUCCUGCACUCGGGUGGCCCCCGGAAGAAAUAACACUUUGCCUGUUUGGCCACAGGUGUCCAGAAGCCCCCUGAAGGAGUUCGACAAGGAGAAAGCGUGGAGGGCCGUCGUGGUGCAGAUGGCCCAGUGACCGUGGGGCGGGGAGACCGAGGCAGGAGCAGGGCCCCUGCCUGGCUAGUUGUCUUGAAGCUACCACUUUCUAACUUGCCCUUCACCUUCGUCCAGGCCAGGCUGCAAGGUGGAGUCUUCAUUUCUUUUAGUAGUUUAGUUGUUAAAUAGGCAAGUGUUGACCAUUUUGUGCUUAGGAGUCUUUCAGUUCCUCACCCCCAAGGCGCCACCGCACACACCGUGGUGUGGGGCUGUCAGGUGAGGAAGGGGCUCGUGCUGGAGCCAGACCCUCCCGGCACCGACGCCUAGGCAGGCCUUGCACGUGCGGCCAGCCGCCCGUCUGCUCCUCCUUCACCUCGCUGGCUUCCCGGGCCCAUUCUUGUCGAGCACUUACCUUAAGCGGUCGACAGCCGGGCUGUGGACGGCCCCACGUGGGUCUUACCGACUCGGGCGUUUCUCUCUGGAGACGUGUCUGCCAAGCACCGUCUCUGACCACGGAGCAGAGCUGUGUGGGGAGCCCCUUCUCCGCAGGACCGUGGUCACAGGCAGCCCCCACACCCACAGCUGUGCCUGUGUGGCGCUCACGUGCCCGAACUUCUGCCCUCUGUCUUAGACCGAGCCGUUCCAGAAGGACCCUGCCCACUCACUGGUGCCGGUGAUGUCCGUGUCAUGCGUGGUAUGCAGAGCCCAGGUCAGCAGGGGCUGUCUGCACUUGUGCUGGGUGGUACCCAGCUCCUGAGCCCUUUUGUCAACACCCACACUAAGAGUGACCCUGGCCACUGUGACAGCUCAGUGUUCUUUGGGGUGGGGCCAAAGGUAGAAACUUGGGCCACGUUUCUGGGUCUCGUUGGCUUUGGUGAUGCAGGUGGGGCUGGGCCCCCUACCUCCUCUCAUGGGUUCUGCUGGCACUCCCAUUACCAUUCUCAAGACGUGAGACAGAUGCCCCCCAGAACCCUCAUGGGGGUCAUCACUGGGCAUUCUCCAGCUUCCUCCGUUUCCUGACCUCACUUACCUGAGGUCCAGCCCAGGCCACGGGUCUCUUCCAUCUGUCACUGCCCCUCCUGCCGGACAGCGAAGACGGUUUGGGUGUGAGAAUAACAUUUGCUUCAGUUAAAAUCACCGCCAAGAAUUGUGUGCUGUCUCCUUGUCCCCUGAGUAUACCUGGAAUUUUCUGGAAGAACGAUUAGCUUUUCUCAGUUGACAUGGGCACUGGUAAGUCUCCAGUGGGCGGGGAGCACCUUCUGAAAAUGGAAACGUUCAUGGUUUCAGGAACUGUCUUGGGGCCAGUAUCUGCAUUCACAAGGCUGCACGUGCAAGUGGUUGUGUCUGUCUGCUUCACGUGAGGAGCUCUGGUUGUGCGGGAAGGUGCUGAUGUUUGCUCUUUCCUGUAGCUUGUUAGUGAGGAUUGGCGGGGGCUGACUGGGUAUAGACCUGGGGGGGGUGGGAUUCAGGGAUCCUCCCCGGUUUCUCAUUGCUCAGCACAAGUGACUGGCUGCCAGGGUGUCUUCACAGCAUUCAUGGCAGGUUGGGUCAGGAAGAAGGCAGAAGAGACAUGGGAAAGGGGGAGAGUGCCAGCCGAGGAGGCAUUGUCCUCAGCCAGCCCCUGUCUGCUGUCCUUGGCCAUGUCCCCAAAUAAGCAAGAGCAGGGGAGAUGGCUCUUUCCUGCACACAUGCAGGCCCCCUGGCCACAGUCGAGGUCACCUCCCCUUCCUACAGCUCCCAGGCGAGGAGGCCAGCGGGGGGGAUCUGCUCAGGAGCCUGGGACAGGAGCCACGGAGACAGCACAGGCCACUCUGAUAUUUCCUUGGAUGUCCCAGAAGUCUGAGUCUUAGAGCUGGAAUUAGGCACCUAGGGCUUGGUACUGGCUUGCACUUUAUUUCAGAUAGAGCUUGAGAAAUCCAGACAAAUGGGGUUUUAAAAAUGUACAAUUCUUUUUCUGUCAAUUUACAUUUGUUUGAUAUGGUUUAAUGACUCCUGAAUAAAUGCUAACAUGUAAA